GAAGGGCGUGAUAGCAGGGGGAGAGAUAAUCCUGUCUGAACUAAAUAUGGCGUUCCUUACCACCAUGUUGAUGUCCCUCCUGGCAUUUCUCGUGUUUCUUCGAAUGGGAAAGCGCUUGCAACGGAUCACGUAUGUUCCCACGGUGGACACUAAUUCUGAGACUUCCCUCUUGGUUGUUCCUCAAGAAGUGUCCGAGGAAGCGACGUCGGAUCCUAUAGGUCAAGUCAUGGCGUUGAUGGAUAUGGAUCACGUGAAGAGCGUGAUGAACGCAAUGUUCCUUCCUCACAAGGAAAAGGACGUAGUAGAGUUGGGGGGAGUGCUCAUCAUUGCUGUACCCAUGAUAUUUAGCGCCCUACUCGCCAGCUGCUGCAGUCUCUGUUCCAAAAUGUGGACCUCCCCUCCAUCGCCUGAUUCGUCGGAAGAUACUCCUCCCGCUUUUUACUCCUGCGAAGCUCGUCCAUCGGCUGAUGCGUCGCUAUCGUUGAAAACACCGCGAGGAUCACAGGAUCACGAUGGCCUUGAGGAUUCACAGCUUCCAGACGACGCUCUUCGUUCUCAAAGAAGGAUUUCUGACGUCGUCUUUCCUGCCAUCAACCGGGCCAUGGAUCGCGACUCUGACGUGGGCGUACCGUGUAUAUUUACCCCCGUGGAAGAGGAACGAAGCCGUUCGAUGUUAAGCAUAAUCAGCGGUCGAUCAUCGAGACAUACAACUGCAGAGGAAGUACGAGUGUUGAAGACUUCUUCGGUGCCACUCCCAAGGAGUCCGUCCAGGAGCAUCUACUGCGCGUCAUCCUCCAGGGCAGAUCUUGGCCGACCCAGGACAGCGAAGUCUUCGCCUCAGACAUUAGAUGUGAACCAACGCAAGAGCGACGCAAUACCGGAGUCUGCUCUUACCAUGCCUAGCAACUCGACGGUGUACAUGAGCUUUCCUAUCCAGCUAAGCAACAGCAGUGAUGACACCAUUCAACCAGAUGAGUCCGCCUACGAGGAUGCCACGCAGAACAUGGUGGAUCCAGGGUUCGGAGACCCGGGUGUGAACCUUGUCUACGGCUACGCCCAGCCCCACGAGAACGAUUCGGCAGAGUCAGUUCUUGAAAGUCACUGGUCCACUUUCGACGCCCCGAUUCCUGCAGGACCUCCAUCGUCCGUAGAUGACUUGAGGAACGCAUCCAAGAGGACGUCUCACGAGAUCUUCGGUUCCCUCCUCGAAGUCUGCGAGCGCAACACACAUAUUACCUUUGACGUUCUCCUCCACGAACUUGGUUUGGAUGGAUGUAUGAAGCUCAAGGAAGGUAGACAUUCUGAAGUGUUUCGGAUCAGCGGUGGCCGUGGCAUGGGAGUAAUCAAGAUAAUUCACACAGAUUACAUCAUUAGACAACACGAUGCUGUCAUCAACGAAGUCCUGAUCGGAAGGGAGCUGAACAACCUAGCAAAAUUUUCCAAGAACCAUACCUGUGGAUUUGUUGAACUAAAAGGUGUGUACUGCGUUUGGGACAAGUACCCUGAUGAGCUGGUGAAUGCUUGCACAGUCUAUGAAAGCAGAAAGGCGUACUCAGUCUUCAAUGAAAGUAUCCGAGAUAUUAGCCGACCCUACGUUGUGCUUCAUAUGCCGUACGCUGGGCAGCCGCUAUCUAAAGUACAGUUUGACAGCGUACUGGAGCUGAAGGCAGUCAUGGAACAAGUCUCAAUGACAUUGGCCGUCUCCGAAGCGGCGUGUUCCUUCGAACAUCGCUGCCUGACAUCCGACCAUAUCCUCAUCAAAGCCAACACGGAGAGGCAAGAAGAGUUCAUCUUGCAAGGACGGGGCGUGCUCAUUGAGAAUUACGGGAUCCGAGCGAGCAUAAUCGAUUUCUCGACGUCCAGAAUUGAAACGGACACAGCUGACGUCGUCAUCGCCUCGAACUUCGCACGUGACCUCAGCGAGCGUACGAAGCCCGAAGAAGUGGAAUUGCUCUACAGACUUCAGGAACUAAUUGAACCCGGCUGGACGGCGUUCUGCCCGCAGACUAACGUCUUCUUCCUGCACUAUCUUCUCAUACAGCUUAUCGAGCACCAUCGGGAACCUCUGCGUCAUAACCGGAACGGCUCAGACGAUGGGGUUUGGCAAGAGCUCGAAUGUUGGGUGUCAUGCCUGGAGACUUGUGGAAGUGUCACUGACUUCGUGAGGGCUGUUGUGCUGCCGGAGCUAUAGCGUCUCCGCGAGAUUCUCACAGCACCAGCGUACUAUCAUGUCAAAUAAGUACAUAAAUAAUGCGUAACAUGGACGCUAAAUGAGCAUGAUCGUUCUGGACACAAAGGAAACAUUCGCGUUUUGUAAAGGCAGAGUGUCGCCAUGAUAAGGGGACUUGUGGAACUCCGCAGAGGUCCGCUCGUAUGUGAUGUCUCUGAUGCCCAGCCUGCCGCCGUCUAAUGUGACACGGGACGGUCUGUCUUCGACGAAAACGCAUUGGCUGAACCAAUUAUCAAUCAAAACUGCAACAAAUUAUUGUCGAGAAAA